AUGGCUCUGCUCACGCCAUUGUUCGCGUUCCUGUACCACCUCCCGCAGGUGUACAAGUGGCUGCUGAAGCCGUACUACGUGGCCUCUCUCUUCAUGUCCGUAGCCUUCCUGGCUGUUCGGAAGACGCCCGGCAUCUGCGACCACCUGGCCACGCAGCGAGAGGACGGCAACUCCUGCGACUUCGACUGGAGAGAGGUGGAGAUCCUCAUGUUCCUCAGUGCCAUCGUCAUGAUGAAGAACAGACGAGCGAUAACUGUGGAGCAGCAUGUGGGCAACAUCAUCCUGUUCAGCAAAGUGGCCAAUGUCAUCCUGUUCUUCAGACUGGACAUCAGGAUGGGCCUGCUCUACCUGACACUCUGCAUAGUGUUUCUGAUGACCUGUAAGCCUCCUCUGUACAUGGGACCAGAGUACAUCAAAUACUUCAGCGACAAAACCAUUGAUGAUGAACUGGACAGAGACAGCCGUGUGACCUGGAUUGUUGAAUUUUUUGCCAACUGGUCUCCAGAGUGCCAGUCCUUCGCUUCAGUCUAUGCCGAUCUUUCUCUCAAGUAUAACUGUGCUGGCCUCAAGUUUGGCAAAGUGGACAUCGGACGUUAUGGAGAGGUUUCGAAGAGGUACAAAGUGUCUGCGUCUCCGCUGUCCAAACAGCUUCCCUCCUUGGUGCUGUUUCAGGGAGGGAAGGAGGUGAUGCGACGCCCCCAGGUGGACAAAAAGGGUAGAGCUGUGUCCUGGGGCUUCACUGAGGAGAACAUCAUCCGAGAGUUCAACCUGAAUGAGCUCUACCAGAAAUCCAAGAAGUUCAACAAGGCCAAAGGAGACAAGGUCACCCCGUCACAGUUCCCUCCAGUCCUGGAGGAGGAGGAGGAGGAGCCAGAGCAGCAGGAAGCUGACAGCCCGGGGCAGGAGGCCGAAACCAAGAAGGACAAAUAAGAUGGUGUGUAUCACUCAGCUUGGACUCGUGGAUGGAACUUGUGGCUCUUCUUCCCUCUCCUCUUCAAAGUGUCCAGUUUGUUCUCUGCAGUACCAUUUCACACUAAACCUCCUUAAACCCAGUAACCUCCAGUGACCUCCGUCUGUUUCCCCUUUUAUUAAAGAACAAGCGUACACUUCAGAGGAGGUCUAAACUGGGAGACAGGAAACCAGUUUGUGAAGGGGCUGUAAUGUUAAAACCUGGUCCAGUUUAUCAGUGUACGGCCUGGAAAUGUGCUGUGCACAGCGCCACAUGCACCGGGUUAUUCAAGUGUCCAGCACACGUUUCUGAUGGUUAAAGCUGUGAAGUCUGAGUAUCUGCUAACUUAGGACGUCAGUUCUUACUAAUGUAAAUGAUGCAACUCUGCUGUUUUCCAUUUAGACUUUUUUUAUGCAACUAAUUUAAUGAAGUUGAUUGUUUUGAAAUCUUUCUCUGAUUAACUGUAUUUUCAUGUAAACUAAGUUAUAACUGCGUGCUACACACGCACAGUAGGUGUUACACAGUCCUUUCAGGUCUGAACAUGUUUAACGUCAGCAGUGUGCACGAGUCUGCUGGUGUUACUCAGGUUUACUGAUGAAGCUCAACAUUCGAUUUUCUUUUGCCACAUUCCAGCACUCCUCUGCUCUUUUCUUUUCUUCUCUUCAUUCCAUCCUCCUUAGAGAUGAACAUCAUGUCGCACGAUCAUGACAGCAUGACUUUAACUCUUUCUCAUUAAUCCUGUACAUUGUGUUAACUCACACUACACAUUUAAAUGUGCACCACCACAAUCCCUGAGUUUUCUGUCACACUGUAUGAGCAGCCAUGUUGGGACCAGAGGGUUCCAUCAGAAAAAGGGAGAGGCUUGCUCAGCUGGUCCAAUGCCUUUCUCAAUGGAAUAGAGAGGAUAAUGUACAGUUUUCCGUGGCUCAGUCUCAGCUGAGACAGUGAUAUUAAAACAAGCUCAUGUCAGUUUUUGUGUGUGGGGAAACUGCACGUUCAAUCAAGCGUGAUUAGUUCCAGAUGGUUUUAUUUGUUACAGCAACAGCUGCUGUAAGUUUCCUGUCAAAGCAGCUCUGUAAUGGUUGACAUGGAGACGGUCUGUUGGACCAUGAUGGAUUUCAUUUUUAGCCCCAUGGAAGCGUCAGUCUGAGCUAAAUGCUAACAUCAGCACAUAAAAAGCAAGUACAAGCAGAGACAUUAGCAUGGCUGUAGAUCAUGAGCUGUUUCUCAGCUCACAUUCUGUAAGUACACUGACAUGUUGUGUGUCUUCUGUUGUACUCUGUGUACUUUCUGCUGUAUUGUCAGCCGGGCAGUGUCUCAAUUCUGAUGUGACCUUUGUGAACCUACCAGGAAUGACGAUGGCAACAUUGUACCACUUCUUCUUCUGCACCAAAUAGCAACCAUGCAGAGCCAAAAUCUAAAACAUACAUACAACUUCCAUGUGUAUGUUGCUGUCUUCACAGCAUCCCCUCCAGCUCCAGCAGCUUCCUCUGCAGCCAUUUUCACAAUGCUGCUCGUCCCUCCUGUUUAGCUGUAUGAGGUCGAGGAGUGUCCAGCAUUCAACACUCAACUCAGUGCAUGAACUGAGACACAGAACUGGUCUUAGUUUAGUCUCUGACCUGUUCCUCUAUCAGUGAUAUCAGUUGUACAGUUCUGUCAUUAGACAUCACAUGAUGUGGCUCCAUGUAUUGGAUCGAUCUAUCUUUAUUGGAUGAAUCAGCUCAGACUUGAACGUCACACGGUCCUGAACAAACCUUUUAUUCUGAGUAUGAUUAGCAUGAUGUUGAGGUCGGCGCAUGUUUUCAGCUUGUGACAGCACGUUCCAUGAUUUGUUUUUAUGAAUUGCUUUUCCAUUGGUAAGAAUUAAGUAUCAGAGCGGCUGUGCUUCCUUUCUUUGAACAUUCCUAACAAAGAUUCUGAGCUGUCCCUGCUCUGUUAACCUGUAACACUUUUUGUUGUGUAUUAUGUCACAUCUGUUUUUGUCCUGUUGAGUUUCAUUUGAGCUGCAUUCAGACCUGUGUAUAUAUUUGCUGAACACGAAGCCUGUUUUUUUUGUUCAUGCAAUAAAACUAGUGCACAUGA